GAUACCAAGCCCUUGGUGUUCCAGUUGUUCCAUUCAUUCCAUCCAUUGUUCCAUCCGUUGUUCCAGGAGUUCCAUCCCAAGGAGUUGACUGGCCAUGCGUUCUGGACAUAUCCAGCUUGAGCAGCAACAGCUAGGCUGGCUACCAGAAAAGUGAUGAAAACCUGUUUGAAAAACAAAAUUAGCCCCAUCAAUUCAAACAAAAUGUGCGAAAAAACUUACCUUCAUAUUGUUGUGGAUGAAUGAGCUAAGGAGCAACUGUUUGCCUCAAAGUACUGUUGACUGAGUAUGAUGCGUUGUUUGGCAAUCACCCUUUUUAUAUCCUCAAAAAACGAUUCAAAACUGAAUCGAACUUUUGAUGUGUUUUCAAUUACUUUCACUUUUAAACACUGACUUUGUACCUACCUACAGCAAAGAAGAGUAAAUGAUUGAUUUUAAAGUCUAUCGGUCCAAGUACGUUCUAUCCGUAAAAAACAAAAAUUAACGGUUCAGUGGAUUUUCAAGUUAAAAAAGUCCAGAGGUGAACCAGCCUGUGGCUGAAAACCUCUUAAAUAAAGUUAAAAAAAAGUCAAAAAAGUGAUUCUGAGCACCUUUCAUUGGUAUUAUUACUCAAAAGCGAUGAGCAAGGAUAUAAAUAGUCAAGCAGCGAGUAGCAAACAUCAUAACAAGUCAGCAGAACUUCAAAGCAAACAGUUGCUCCCGAGCUCAACCAACCAUAAAACAAUGAAGGCAUUCGUCGCAUUCCUCGUUGCUACUUUGGCAGUUGCCACUCAAGCCGGAUAUGUCGAGAACUCGUGGCCAGUCAACUCCCUGGGAUGGAACUCCUGGAACAACGGAUGGAACAAUGGAUGGAAUGAAUGGAACAACUGGAACAACAAGGGUCUGGUUUCGUAUCCUUAUUCUUCCGUUCAUGGAUCCUGGCCAGCAGUGAGCUCCGUCUACGACAACGCUUGGAUCAACGAAAACGGAUGGUAUGGAGCAAAACCAACCGUUGUUCAGGCCAACGUAGCAAAGGUCAACCCGUGGGGACUUCCAUGGGCCGGAUAUGGUUAUGGACAUGGAUACAACAAUUAUGUUGCUCAUGGUACUCCAGUCGUUGCUGCCAAGUAUGUUGCUGCCAAUCCAGGAUCAGUUCAUGUUGCUCCACUUGUUGGACAUGCCGUCAACCAGAAGCUGAUUGUCGCCUAAACUAAUGAAUAUUGCU